AUGAUGGCUUCGAGAGCGACGGUAGGUCGAAUAAAGAAAUUUGUGAGAUGGUGGCAGCAUCACUUUCCAUGCGAUAGAAUUUUAGCUCAAAGGAUAACCAAAUCCACUGUUAAUUCGACUGUUGCAUUUAUCUUCUGUCUGAUCCCGAAGGUGCGGGAUCACCUAGGAACAGAGCCAGCGAUGCUUCCACUGAUUUCAGUAAUGGUGCAUCCCGGACGGCGUGUUAGUGGAACUAUUCAGGGUGCUAUCUAUUGUAUGACGGGGCUAGUCUUUGGGCUGGCGUACGCAAUAUUUGGCAGAUUUCUAGCUCAAAGGUGUUUGGGUAGUACAUGGAACACGCUAUCCGAGCCCGAACAGUACGCCAUGCACUACGAAAGGCUCCAGGCGGCACUAGCUAUUUUAGCAGUCUUCGAAACACUGAUGCUUUUCUUCCACGGCUGGAUGAGAUCGGUCUCGCAUCAUUAUUUCGGCAUUGUCUUCCCUCUUUUCCUCGUCGUUCAUUUCACGUUUAUGGCUCCUCUAACGGAGUCAUCUGGAGUCAUUGCCCAAUCAUUUAGCUCCCCUUUCUACCUGGGUAUAGCAAUGUCAAUUUUUUGGAAUUUGACUCUGUUUCCUGAGUUUGGGAGCACUUUCCUCGGUAAUGCAACUAUUGACACGCUAAAUGAGGUCCACAAAGCUAUUGAUGAGUCGGUAAGGUUUUUUGUAUCGAUGGACAACCGAGAAAACGAUGACCUGUAUAAUGGUCCGCCCAUUACUUUGUCAAAAUUGGUCAAGAUGAAAUCCACGAUUUCCAAGAAAGUUGGAAACUGCUUGCUUGUGCUGGAUGAGUGCAUUUACGAGAUUUCAUAUUCGUAUCUUUCGCCAUUGCAGCUGAAACCUAUCAUCGACUUGCUUAAACCGCUAAACAUGUACAUCAACGGCUUGGUCAAUGCCUGUCAAUUAGAGUUCAUUCUCCUCGGCAGCCAGCAGAACAUAGAAGGGGAUACUAUGGAUAUUGAUACCAAUAAAGAAAUAUUGUAUGCGGAUGCCGCCAAAUUACUGAAAAUAUUGGAGAGGAUGAAACAACCUGUCUAUGAGUUGCACAGAUAUAUGAGCGAGUGCAUCUAUAUAUCGAAACUUAUCCUUUCUUACGCGUAUGAUGUGGACUUAGGCCGCGUUGAUACCAAUGGCAUGUUUGCGGAUAUGAACCUUCCCACAUACAAUCAUAGGGAAGAGUUACCAGAAGACUUUAAUGUUGAUGAGCACAUCAAUAAACUGACUGCAGCGUUGGUAGAGUUUGACGUGACUUUCAGGGAGGAGAUGAUUCAUCUUGACAUUGAUUUGCUUAAUCCAAAUGAUGAGAUGUUUUUGUUGUCUUCAUUUCUGAUGAAUUUCAAACAGUCAACGCAAUCUGUCAUCUCUAUCCUCGAACAUGUGAAAAACAUUUAUUCGACUAGAAAAGCCAGAGAGGAAAAGGGGUGGAUUCGAGGUAAAUCUUUAUGGUCUACAUUUCUCAGUGACAAACGGUCAUUUAAAAUUUGGUUGAAAGGAGGUCGUCCAACAUCGAAUGUCAUCACGGAAAAUGAAAGCUUGAAGGGGACUUUCGACUAUGAUCAAUAUAACGCCUUGGGCGGGUUGGCGGUCAGGCGGCCAUCCAAUGAAGAAGAUGAUCUCCUAGGGCAAAAAAGGUCUACCGCUGCUGCUUCAUCAAAUAACCAGGAUUCUAAGCAACUCCCUGUUUCGACGAGAGAUAUUGGAGACUCAUCUCUUCCUGCAACAAAGGCCAACAAAAAGAUUGGAUACAAAUAUUUAUCCUAUUAUCUCACGAUGUUCUUAAUCUCAGCUGAUAAGUUCUACAGAAAGUCUAAGGCUCAUUUCAGAUUUGGUUUUCAAGUGGCAAUUGCAUUGAUGUUGGCGUCAUUCCCCAUGUUUGUCCCGAAGAUUCGUCAUUGGUAUGUGGAAUAUCGUGGUACAUGGAUAGGUUUCGUUUGCAUUCUAUGCUUGGAGCCCUCAGUUGGUGGAACCUUUUGGGUUUUCUUUUUGCGGGCUGUGGGUGUCAUUUCGGGUUCAGCAUGGGCUUACUUGUCCUAUGUCGCAGGUGUUAACCAAACCAAUCCAUAUCUUGAGACCAUUGUGACAAUUUUUGGUGCCGUUCCUGGCUUUUAUUUUCUCUUGGGAACCCCGUACGUUAAAGCAGCCAUCAUUCAGAUUAUUAGUAUCUACAUUGUGAUGCUGGCAGCUAUCCUGCCAUCUUCUAAUAAGGGCGGUAUCUUGGUUAGUUUUGCCAAGAGGUGUUUGGCUGUCGGGUAUGGAGGUCUCAUUGCUUUGGUUGUUCAGUUAACAUUCUUCCCAAUAAAAGCUCGAGACCAGUUGAACGAGGAAAUUGCCUUUGUUUGUGGAUGUAUUUCAGAAAUGGAGCUACUAUAUGCAUCGGGUUUGGAAGGGGAAUCGCUGAAAAUUUCUAUGACUGAUGAUAGAUAUCAAAAGUUUAAUCGCAUUUCUCAAAGCGCCAAAUCAGCUCUCGGCAGGGCAGAGGCAUAUAAAGGUCUAACUAGGCAAGAGCCUAGAUUAAAAGGCGAAUAUACGGAACUUGAAAACGUUUUUUCUCAGAUCAUUUUUGUUCAAAGACAGAUUCUCGAUCGCAUGGAUAAUGUGGCCUUAUUGAGGAAACAGUACGGCAGUGGGGUGAUAGAGGAGCUCAACAGCGUUGUUUACCCAUAUAGAAGGCAAAUGGUUGCGAGUUUAUCGAACUGCAUGAGAGCAAUCCAAGAGGCGUUUUUGAACAAGACACCACUGCCUCAGUUUUUGCCAAGCGCUAGAGUAGCUCAUAGAAGGCUAAUAAACAUGGUCAGUAGGGCUCUUCACAACAGGUAUAGAAAUCAGCUGGAAGCGCUUAAACCUAGAGUCGUCGUUGACAAAUUUCGCGACGAUGAAAGUAGUGACGUAGAGGAAGGACUAAUGAUGAAGACCAAGAAUAAUAGAGACAGGUCACGCAACACUUUGCCCCCACAUGAGUAUGCAUUAAAAGAAAAGUUCUUGAGUUGGAACGCAUCCAGCGCCGCCACCGAAGAGGUGAUAGAGUACGUUGAAGAGCUCUUAGAUUUGACUAAGAUCUUAGUUGGAAUAAAUGAAUUCAAAUACGGAUUCUUAUCAAGACCGCUAUACGAAGACUGGGCCGCCGAGGCGGUGGUUGGCUUCAACAACUUUGUCAAGGCCGGAGUAAGCAAGAAAUCAGUUAGCGAAAAUGAAUCUGGCGACGUUAAUUCGGCCAUAUCGGAGGAGGAAGAAAUAUCAUCUGGAAGUAGUACAUCAAGGGCAGAAGGGGAACAGCCAGUUGCGUUCAAUAGCAAAUAUACAGAAAACAACGGAAUCAAUCUCGCUCGCAUUGCCUCUCACAAAAUCGGUCAAGAUAACCAAGGCUUGCCGAUAAAUCUCAAGAACAGAACGUACUCCAUCGGGUCCUACCCAGACUCCGUCAAUCAGCUAAGCGCUCUAUCGAGGAAGAAGACUCUUGGUGAUGCGGAUUCAAAUUACUUCGAUGGGGAGGACACAUCGGACGACGAGCUUCCUUUGGCGUUAAAAAAAAUUGUGAGCCAUAAAUCUAGAAAACAAUAA